UGAAAGUGGGGAGAAGGACGGGGGAAGGAGAGUGAAGAAAGAAUACUGUUUUUGCGUUGGCAGAUGGCUUUCGCUUUUACAAGGAACAACAAAACAGAGUGAGAGAAACAAAGGGCAGUCACUUCAUCAACAUUGGUGAUCUGGUAUAUAAGGCCCACAAGGAACGCAACACCCAACAAAGCAGAGCUGGCAAGCGAUACCCGAGCGAGCGCGGAUCAUGGAGGGGAUAGAGCAUAAAACAGUGAGCGUAAAUGGAAUCAACAUGCACAUAGCGGAGAAGGGUCAGGGCCCGUUGAUCUUAUUCAUCCAUGGCUUCCCUGAUCUCUGGUUCUCGUGGCGCCACCAGAUCGCCGCCCUUUCCUCCUCUGGCUACCGAUGCGUGGCUCCUGACCUCCGUGGCUUCGGCGACACCGACGCUCCCGCCACGCCCACUGCCUACACCAGCCUCCACAUCGUCGGCGACGUUAUUGGCCUUCUGGACGCCAUUGCGCCGAGUGAAGAGAAGGUGUUUGUGGUGGGACACGACUGGGGAGCCAUCACUGCGUGGUAUCUCUGCCUCUAUCGCCCAGAAAAAGUCAGGGCUUUGGUUAACUUGAGCGUCCCUUUUACCCCCAGAAACCCCAAGAGAAAGCCACUUGACACCUUAAGAGCUGUGUAUGGAACUGACUACUAUAUUUGCCGAUUUCAGGAACCUGGAGACAUAGAAUCCGAGUUUGGUCAAAUUGGGACCGAGAGAGUUCUGAAGGAAUUCCUGACAUACCGCAAUCCUGGCCCACUUUAUCUGCCGAAGGGAAAAGGGUUUGGACAUCCAGCCGAUGCUCCCAUUGUGUUGCCCUCAUGGCUAUCUGAGGAAGAAUGUAACUACUAUGCCACCAAAUAUGACAAAACUGGCUUCACUGGGGGAUUGAACUACUACAGAAAUUUGGAUCUGAAUUGGGAACUGACGGCGCCGUGGACAGGUGCUCAGAUAAAGGUGCCGGUGAAAUUUAUGGUGGGCGACCAAGACUUGACCUAUAAUGCGCCGGGGAUGAAGGAUUACAUUCACAAGGGAGGGAUGAAGAGAGACUUGCCACUUCUGGAGGACGUGGUCGUGAUGGAAGGGGCGGCUCACUUUCUCCAUCAAGAAAGGCCCCUUGACAUCAACAAGCAUAUCCUUGACUUCUUUCUUAAGUUUUAAUAUUGUUUCUGUCUACAUCUUUGUCCUUCACAUCUGGUUGUGUUUUCAUCUUUGGUCCUUCAGUUUCUUGCUGAGUGUGAGUGGUUUGUACUGAUCAUCUCUGAACAUCUCUUAAGCCUACUCAUUUUUAUUAUCAUUAAGUUAUUCACGAGUGACUAUUGUUUGUCAAUUAUGGGAACCUUAUUUCUCAAUACCGCCCCGUCAAUAGAAUGCAUGUUCCUGCUCCGGUA